UUACCAAACAGCAGCGCCACGCGUUUGCCAUUGGCCAACCGCCGCCGCCAUUAUAGAUUCCGUUGUGAGUGACCGAGUCCCGUUCUCUAGCUCUCUUAAGUGUUUCUCCGACGCCAACGGUUAAAUAAAUUGGCGACUAGUGUUAAAACGGUGCAAUGAAAACGUACAGCAGAAAAAAGGGCGACAGCCCCAGCAAUGUGAUUAUCCACGUGAACGAGCUGUGCCGACUGUGCCUGGCAAAGGAGGAGGAGAUGGUGCCGAUUUAUGACGACGAAACAAUCCCCUUAUCGCUUCGAAUAAUGGCCUGUGUUAAUUUGGAGGUUUAUGAGGAAGACGGUCUCCCGAAUAUGAUUUGUCAUCCAUGCAAAUAUCAAUUAGAAAAAUCAUAUCAAUUUAAGAAGAAAUGCGAAGCUGCUGAUGCCAAGCUUAGAAAACAUAUGAAACAGAUACAACAAUUAAUUGGCCAAGAUGAAGAAGGAGAAAAUCAGGAUAGUAAUAGAGAAGAAUUGAAGGAUGGUUCAAAUAGUGGAAAAUCUAAACAAGUUAAACAAUUGUUGGCUGAUUUAGUAUCGACUAAAGCAGAUAGUGGCCAGGCAGAUGGAGAUCCAAUUGAAGUCACAGAGGAAGAGCUUGUUGGGGGUUAUAUUUUAGGAAUGAACUCCGAGAAUUUAGAGAUGGAAGAAACCUUAUCAGAAGACCCAGAAAAUAUUACAUUAGUACCUGCUGAAGAACGUGCUGCUAAAGCACGUUGUACAAUACGUACAACUCGUAUUAAACAAGAGCAGGAAUCUGAAGAUGAAGCGGAAGAAGUGCAGAGAGCGAUUGCAAAUGCUGAUCACAAAAAUGUUUAUAUGAUGGAACUUACCAGUAACAGUUCUGGUCAAGGAGAAUCACUGAAGUUGCAACCCAUUACAGACACCAUAGUUGAAGCUAAUGAAGAACUGAAAGUAUUUAAAUGUGACAAAUGUCCAAAAGCAUUUACUCGAAGAAUAAUGUUAAAGAGUCAUCAAUCUGUUCACUCAACGCAAAGAGGCUUCACGUGUCAAGCCUGUGAAAAAUGGUUCCCCACGAGGUCAGCUCUAGUGAGACAUGAACGUACUCAUACAGGUGAGAAACCAUUUGGUUGCAACAUUUGUCACCGAGCAUUUGCCCAAAAAGAAAUUUUACUGCGACAUCUAAUGACACAUUCUGGACAAAAACCUUUUCAAUGUCAACACUGUGAAAAGAGUUUCACGCAACGCGAAGCAUUGAAGGUGCACAUGAGAAGACAUCAAAAACUUGAUCCAAAUGACAUUCAACUGCAUCAUUGUCAACUCUGCCCUAAAGCCUUCUGUCAUGCAUCUGGUCUUAGUAGACAUUUGGUUACGCAUACUGGAAGAACAUACAAAUGCGUAGAAUGUGAAAAAUCAUUUACAGAUAAGAGUUCAUUGUUAAGGCACAGUCGUAUUCAUGCACCUAAAAAAAUAUUAACAAAUUAAAGGUAUUCAUUAAUUACAAGCAGAACAUCAGUCAUUAUUGAAUUAACCCUUUGAAUGCAGAGUACUUUAGAGACUCGGUGCAUAACUAUGAUCGGUGUAGAAUUUCUUUUUUGUGAAUUAUGUAUUCUAUAGAAAUGUAUUCUAUAAAAACAUCAGUUAUCUAUAUACCAUAAAGUUAAGUCUAUUUCAGAUUUUUUGUUAUAUAACAUUAUAUAAAUAACAUUUAAUUUUUAAGUAAACAACCAUUAUUUGUUGACAAUUUAAUUGGAAAUUAAAGCAUCCAUUGUACUCAAAGGGUUAAAGUUCACACAUCAUAUUUUUCAAGAAUUU